AUGGCGGCCGAGCCUCACGGCCGGUACCUUUUCGCGGGCGACGUGGAAGGUCGCCUGAAUCUGCUGUUCAAACGAGCCGCUGCGGUGAACAAGUCCAACGGUCCUUUCGACUGUCUCUUCUGCGUCGGCGCUUUCUUUCCGCCCUCGGAUCCCGCUACCGCCGCCGCAGGCGGAGCGGGCGGCCAAUCAGAGUUGGAGGAUUACAUCGCGGGGCGCGCCAAGGCGCCGCUUCCGACGUUCUUGAUUGGCGACAUUGGAGUCGGCGCGCAGCGACUGCUGGAGAUUGCUGUGCGUGGAGGAGGAGGGGCGGCGACGCGAAAAGAAGGGGAAGCAGCGGAGGAGAAAGUGAAAGAGGAAGGAAAGGAAGAACAGAAGGAGGAAGCAGAAGAGGGAGGGAAAGGGGAGGGGGAGGAGAAAGGGGAGGGGGAGGAGAAAGGGGAGGGAGAGGACAAAGGCCAGAUGAAGCCGUCCCCUCUCUGCCUGCCUCCUGGAUCCAAUCCGCCCUACCUGUCUUCCACCCCGCCCCUUCCCUCCCUGUUCCGCCCCACAGGCCUCAAGGUGGCCUAUCUGGGCGGCAGAUACGAUCCCGCCACGUACCUCUCGGGGCAGGCGGGCGGCACGGGGGCGGCGGAAGGGCGGCAGGAGCGGGCGGCAGUGGAGGCGCUGGUGGAUGCGGGGGCGGACGGGGCAGCAAUAGACGUGCUGCUGACCAAUGAGUGGCCCAAGGGGGUCGCUGCUCUCACCCACCCCUCCCUGCUGCCCUCGCCUCCACCCGCCACAUCAGCGUCGGCGCCUGCCAGCGUGGACUGGGCGGGGGUGGGGUCGCCUGUUGCUGCCACGCUGGCCAAGGAGCUCAUGCCACGCUACCACGUGGCUGGUGGCGCGGGCGCCUUCUUUGCCCGCCCGCCCUACAUCAACUCCUCCGCCGCCACAUCAGCAGAAGACGCCUCCACGUCAGCAUCCGGUCCCGUGACGCGGUUCAUAGGUCUAGCCCCCGUGGGCAACAAGGCGAAGCAAAAGUUCCUCCACGCGCUCUCCCUGCGCCCCGCCUCCUCCCUCCCCCUCUCCGACCUCGCCGCCCGCCCCCCCGAUGCCACCCCCUCCCCCUUCCUCCCCCGCCCUACAUCCGCCAAGAAUCAAAUCUGGACCGGCAGCCUCGCCGCCCCUGACGGUGCCGCCCGGGCUGCUGCCGCCGCCGCCCAGGCGAAGGCGGAGGAGACCGCUGCGAAGCGCACCUUCUGGGAAAGUUCCGACGGGGGGAAAGGAGGGGGGGAGGGGGCGGUAAAGCCUGCAUGGGCGCUAAAGGUGGAGGAGGAGGAGGCGCGGGGGGCGGGGGGGGCGGGGGAGGGGGAGCAGUACUGGCGGUACGCUGCAGGGAAGAAGAGGGCACGGCGGGACGGUGGGCCGGGGGGAGGGGGCAGGGAGGGGCCUCAGGUGUGCUUUGAGCUGUCAGGCAAGGGGGCGUGCUCGCGGGGCGAUGCAUGUCGGUUCAUGCACACUCUAGAGGACGGGUCACCGCUGCCUCGCAACCUGUGCUUCGAGCACUUCAGCAAGGGCAGCUGCAGCCGGGGCACGGACUGUCGAUUCAGACACUCGCUGGCGGGCGGGGAGGCGGGGGGAGGAGCGGGGGAGGGGCAGGGGGGAGGCGGGAAUGCUGCUGCUGGCUCUGUUGCUGCUGCCGUUGCGACGGCUGCUGCUGUUGCUGCUGCCGCUGGCGUGGGGGGCAGCAGUGGCGGAGCAACAGACCUGCCCAAGGGAGUGUGCUUUGACUUUGUGCGGCGGGGCAGCUGCACUCGCGGCGACACCUGCCGCUUCGCCCACUCGCUCCCCUCCACCUCGCCCGGCCUCCUCGCCACUCCCCCUCCCCUCACCCCCGCCUCCCUCGCCGCACUGCUUGCCCCGCCUGCAGCAGGGGGGCCGGCAGGGGGCGCAACGGGGGGAGCUGGGGGAGCAGGGGGAGCAGCGCCCCCCACCCCAGCGCCAUGCUGGUUCUGCCUGGCGUCCCCCAAAGUGGAGACUCACCUGGUGGUAUCGGUGGGCGAGCACUGCUAUGUCGCCCUACCCAAGGGUCCCUUAGUGCCCGGCCACGUGCUCAUCCUCCCUAUAGAGCACUUCCCUAGCGUCAUCUUGCUACCAUCCGACGCGCUGGCGGAGAUGUGGCGGUACAUGGGAGCCCUGAGGAAGUGUUUUGCGGCGCAGGGGCACACCGUGGUGGCGUUUGAGCGGUUCCUGCAGCUCAGAGCCGCCACCCACGCGCAUGUCAAUGUGGUGCCCAUCCCCCAGGACAAGGCGGACCAGGUGUUACCUGCCUUCACUGCCGCUGCUGCCUCCCACAACUUCCAGUUCGCCUCCGUGCCAAAACCACCUGACGGACAGCACAUGGCGGUGGUGGACGAGGUGAAGAAGCAGAGCCGGGGCGGGCAGUACCUCACAGUGGAGCUGCCCGAUGCCUCGCUGCUGGUGCACGCCAUCGACCGCGGGGCCAAGCUGCCCAUGCAGCUGGGGCGCGAGGUGAGGGGGGGUUGGGCGAGUGGUGAGACGCGGGCGGGAGAGAGGUGUUGCGCAGGUGGGGAGGAGGUGGUGGCGGGGGUGGUGGGGGUGCCGGAGAGGGGCGACUGGAGGGCGUGCAAGGAGACAGCGGAGGAGGAGGCAGCCAUGGCUGACGCAUUCAAGAAGCAGUUCCAGCCGUUUGAUAUCAUGGGGUGA